AUGCAGCACCGUAAUCUUGAGUUGGUGGCACUUCUGGAGAGAAAGCAUGAGGCUCACACGCGUGCGGUAGCACAACUUACUUCUGCCAGGGAUCAAGCAGUCAAAAAGAUCACCUCAGCUGAGGCAUCCCGCUCUUUGCAAGAAAUAGCGAUGAAACGUGAAUUGGCCAAGGCCCGGGAGCAGGUUAGUGCCUUCUAUUUACAUGAUGCUUGCCAGAAGGGGUUUUACUGUUGGGUUGUUAAGUUUUUUUCAUCCGAUACGGUCUUGAUUAAAAUGAUUAAGGAAACCUAA